AUGGAGCAACUGAGGCCUCCCAGACAGAUGAACUUUGAAGCAAGUGACCUUUCCUUAGAGUGGAAACAGUGGAAAGAUGAGUUUGUGCUCUACAUGGAUUUGAGCAUGGAUGGUAAAGAGGACAAGGUGAAGCUCAAGAUGUUGAAGUACCUUGUUGGUCCACAGGGAAGGGAGCUCUACGAGACGAUAAAACCUGAAGGGACAAGAUUACCGAAUGGAACCGUGCAAGACGUCACUAUGGCCCAGGCUCUGGAUGCUUUUGAGAAGCAUUGUCAACCAGUAAGGAAUGAGACCGUGGACAGGUAUCGGUUCUUUACUCGAAGUCAAGGUAGUGGAGAAUCAUUUGAUUCGUUCUUAACUGAACUCAAACUGUUGGCGGCUCACUGUAACUUCGGAGAUUUAAAGGAGUCUCUGAUUCGUGAUCGGAUCGUAUGCGGGAUCAAAGAUGGCAUGCUCAGGGAGAGACUUUUACGAGAAUCUUCACUUGAUUUGGACAAGUGUGUCAAAGCUUGUCAAGCAUCUGUGCUCUCUAAGGCCAGAUUAGAUGUUCUUGUCGGUGAGCAGCAACAAUUGGUUCAUGCAGUGAGCAAUAAAGAAAAACCCAAGAACUUGCAGGCAGUGCAGUGUAAAUUCUGUGGACGUUGUCAUGAAAGGAAAAAAGAGAAAUGUCCAGCCUUCGGGAAAGAAUGCUUUGCAUGCAAUGGAAAAAAUCAUUUCUCUAGUGUGUGCAGGAGCAAAGCCAAGAAAGAUGGUAAGGAUCAGAAGAGAGAUCCAAAGAAACCAAAGAAAAGACCAGUCCAUGUAGUGGAAGCAGGCAGUUCAGAUGAAGAAUUCCAGGAAGUUCAGACAGUGGAACUGGAAGGAGAGCAUGCUGUGUACGGGAUAGACGGGGGAAAGUUCAAAAAGAAAAUUUUUGUGCUGAUGACACUAAGUGGGAAAGAUGUGAAGUUCCAGGUAGACUGCGGAGCAACAUGUAAUGUGAUCCCUAAGGCGCUGGCAAAAGAAGUCAUCAAGAGCAAGGACCUUGUACUUACUGUCUUUAAUCAGACAACUGAAGUUCCUCUUGGCAAGACCAAAGUGAAAAUGAUGAAUCCCAAGAAUGGAAGGAAAUACAAAGUGGACUGCAUCGUUGUAGACAGAGAGUGCAUGCCAAUACUUGGGAGCAGUGCAGCCCAGCAGAUGGGAUUGAUCAAGGUCUGUGAGGAAAACAUAAUGUUGCUGAAGGCUGACACAGAUUGUGAGAGUACUCUAAGCAAGCAGACCCUGAUGACUGAAUAUGCUGAUGUGUUUGAAGGGACAGGAAAACUUGAGGGAGAGUAUCAUAUGAGUGUGGACGAAGACGUUACACCGGUGAUCCACCCACCAAGACGAGUACCAGUGGCUUUGCAGACCAAACUAAAGGAAGAAUUAGACAGGCUUGAAGAAGGCAAUAUAAUUGCAAGGAUAGAGACGCACACCCCUUGGGUCUCAAGCCUUGUCUGUGUGGAGAAGCCUAAUGGGAAGCUGAGAGUAUGCUUAGACCCAAGAGAUCUGAAUAAGGGAUUGAAACGAAGCCACUAUCCCAUGACAACAAUAGAAGACAUCCUAUCAGACUUGACUAAUGCGAAGGUGUUUAGCACCUUUGAUGCGAAGAACGGAUUCUGGCAUGUCCAAUUAGACGAGUCCAGCUCGGAGCUGACAACAUUCAACACUCCCUAUGGCCGGUAUCGUUGGAAGCGUAUGCCUUUUGGUCUGUCCACCGCUCCUGAAGAGUUCCAAAGACGCCUGAACUUGGUGCUGGAAGGUCUUGAAGGUGUCAGAUGUGUGGCGGAUGACAUACUGGUGUUCGGUAAAGGGGAGUCAGAAGAGGAAGCAAUAAGAGACCAUGACAAGAAGGUUAGAGCCUUGAUGAACAGAUGUCGGGAAAGAAAUGUAAAGCUUAACAUAGAGAAAGCUAAGCUUAAAGUGAAGGAAGUAUCAUACAUAGGACACACAAUCUCUGCUGAAGGACUGAAACCGGAUCCUAAGAAGGUGGAAGCAGUCUUGAAGAUGCCUAACCCUACGGACGUAGCGGGAGUCCAAAGAUUUAUUGGAUUUGUGAACUACCUGAGCAAGUUUCUGCCUGGACUUAGCGACCUUUGUGAGCCACUUCGCAAGCUGACGCAGAAGGACGUAACUUGGUGGUGGGCAGAGGUGCAUGACAGGGCAGUGACAGAAAUAAAGAAGCUGGUGACUGCAGAGCCAGUACUCCAGUAUUAUGACCCAUCCAAGGAAUUGACGCUGCAAGCUGAUGCUUCAGACACUGGAUUAGGUGCAGCAUUGAUGCAAGAAGGACGUCCAGUGGCGUUUGCCAGUAGAGCCCUAACUGAUACAGAGACAAGGUAUGCACAAAUUGAAAAAGAACUAUUAGCAGUAGUCUUUGGUUUGCAAAGAUUUCAUGUGUAUACCUAUGGAAGACCAGUAAGUGUGCAAUCAGACCACAAACCACUUGAGAUCAUCACUACAAAACCACUCCAUCUAGCACCAAAGAGAUUGCAGAGGAUGUUAGUGAGAAUGCACACUUAUGAUGUGGUAAUCAGAUACAAGCCAGGAAAAGAGAUGUACUUGGCAGAUACCCUAAGCAGAGCCUAUCUUCAGAGUGGCAAGACUGAUGAAAUGAGGGAGCUAGAGACUGUCAACUUAGCAAUGCACAUCCCAGUUUCACAGCCUUUGCUUACUGAGAUCAGAGAAGCAACUAAGAGGGAUGAGACUAUGCAGAGACUACAAGAGAUUAUCAAGCAAGGUUGGCCCAAUGACAAGAAGGAUGUGGAGCCAGACUUAGUCUCAUAUUUCCAUGUUAGAGACGAGCUGAGUACAGAGAAUGACCUCAUAUUCAGAGGAGAGAGAUUGGUCAUUCCAAAAGCCAUGAGACGAGAGAUGACGUUACAGAUUCAUGAUUCCCACAUUGGUGUAAAUGGAUGCCUGAGAAGAGCAAGGGAAUGCAUGUAUUGGCCAGGCAUGAGUAGCCAAUUGAAAGACUUUGUGCAGAAUUGUGAGACGUGCCAAGAAUAUGGUAAAGAACAACCCAAGGAAACACUAAAACCCCAUGAUGUGCCAGAGAGACCCUGGGCAAAGGUUGGUGCAGACCUAUUUCAGCUGGAUGGACGCCACUACUUAAUUACUGUGGAUUACUUCUCAGGCUAUUGGGAAGUCGACUAUCUGGAGAAGACACUGGCCACCAAUGUUAUUAGUAAACUCAAGGGCCAGUUUGCACGAUUCGGGAUUCCGGAUCAACUUGUCACAGACAAUGGACCACAGUUUACUGCAGACGAGUUCAAGAGGUUUGCAAGGAAGUGGCAGUUUGAACAUACAACAUCGUCUCCCCAUUACCCUCAAAGCAAUGGGAAGGCGGAAAGCAGUGUGAAAGUUGCAAAAUCUCUGCUGAAGAAGGCUAAGACAGCAGGAAGUGAUCCAUACCUCAGCCUUCUGGCAUUUCGUAACACACCAACACCUGGUAUGGGAAGCAGUCCGAUACAGAGAAUAAUGAACAGGAGAACUAGGACUGUGCUACCAACUACCAAGAGGCUGCUCAAACCUGAGAUACAAAAGAAGGUUGGAGAGGAGAUGAGAGCAGCCAAGGAGAGGCAAGCAUGCUACUACAACCGAGGAGCCAGAGAUCUGACACCCCUGAAAAUAGGUGACCAUGUUCGUCUGAAAUCAGCAGGGGGUCCAAAGAAGUCCUGGAUGAGAGCAGUAGUGGUAAGCUUUGCUGCAGAACCUAGAUCCUACAAUGUCCUUACCCAAGAUGGCGUUACUUAUCGACGAAAUCGACGCCAUCUCAGAAAAGUUAGCAAAACAACUGAUAAUGCUAACAAUGAACUAGACGACCUGGUGAUUUCUCAACCCGAGCGAGAGAUUCAGCCUGUGGCCCCCCCACAGGACCCUAACGAACAUCAGGCCCAGACGACUAGAUCAGGAAGGCGUAUUCAACGACCUCGUUAUCUGGAUGAUUAUGUGACCAGAUAG